AUGUUGGCCACUGCUUCAAGUGGCAUCCUCAAGGACUGCAAGACUACUCCCAGUUCUUCCGUCAACUUGCGAGUCAGCCUUACGGUUGAUGAUCUUUCCCUCAAUGGGCUGCUCUCACAACCUUUGCUACCGGACCAGGCCUUAGUUGCUAGCUUCCGCAAUCUUGAGUAUGCAAAAAUACCCGGCAGGUGGCACGAGGCUGUACCUGUCAAUUUGAAGGACUACCCACGCGGCGAAGUCCAGGCGACACAAUGGGGACCACGGCCGCCGCAGUCAAUCGAUGAAAUGCAUACGCUGACAGGGCAUCUUUAUCCGCGCCUUUCCCAUUUGGAUCCUACCGAUGAGCUCAAGUGUCUCAAUCUGAAUGUCUAUGCACCUGCGAUAGCGUUGCCCAAUGCCUCUGUCGGGCAGAACGCUUCUACACUGCUCCCAGUGAUUGUUUGGAUUCAUGGUGGCUCGUUUCGAUGGGGAGAUGGUGGAUGUGAAUGUGAUGGACAAUACCUUGUUGCUCGCUCUAUGCAGACCCAGCAGCCUGUGCUAGUCGUUGGCAUCAACUAUCGGCUUGGAAUGUUGGGCUUUUUCAGCUCAGAGGAGCUACGCCAAGAGGCGUGCGAUCGAGGCGAGAAAGGUUACGCUAAUCUUGGCUUCCAUGACCAGAGACUGGCACUACAUUGGGUACGUGACAACAUUCACUUCUUUGGUGGCGACAAGUCGCGCAUCACGAUCGCUGGAGAGUCGUCUGGUGCCAUCUCGGUCCUUGCCCAUCUCCGCAGCCACGAGCCGGUGGCUCGCAACGCACUACUCAUGUCUCCCGCCACUGUAGCGCCGUGUCCUGUUGCGGAGACGCAAGUCACCUUUGACAAAGCUUGCGAGACGCUGGGCAUCUCCAAUGAAAGUGUAAGUUACAAGCUCGAGACGCUGAGGCAACUGCCUUUCGAGCGCCUCGACGAGCUUGGAGAAAAUAGACUGGAGUUUAUGUUGUCUGAAGAUCCAAUCUUUUUUGACAAUUGGCCAGCUGGAAAAUUCGUUGAGGUUUCGUCGUUUCCAAACUGGGCGAAUCGUGUGGUGGUUGGCCAAACAGCGGAAGAGCUUGCGCUCAUGGGCAGUGUCUGGAAGAGCCUGCCGCCCAUCAGUUUGUUGAAAGCAUGGAAAAGCGUAUUCACUAUGCCAGGUUAUGCGGAAGAGGUUUUCGCCACGUAUGGUGUAGCCGAUGUGGACAGUGGAAUCGAUGCCACCGCAUCGGUAGAGAAUUCCCGCGUCGCCGACGCCCUCGUCGACUACCUCAAUGACGCAAUUUUCGACAAUGCUGUUCGCGCUAUUGCUGAAACACAGUUCAAAAAUGACCAGUCUGCAGAGACUGCCGGUCUCUCAGCACGUGCGGCUGAGGUCCAUGUGUACAGCUUCGAGCAAAAAGACACAAUGGCGACCAAUGCACUGCUCAAAGAUCAUGCGUACCACUCACUGGACAAUGCUUUCUUCUUUUACUUCCCUGGUGUGACAAAACCAACAAAAGAUUCGCAGGUCCGCGCAACAGCGGAUGCAUUCAGCGGCGCGGCCUUGAACUUGGCAUACGACAACGAAGCCUGGCCACGGGUUACUGGACCAAACGACCAUGUGGCUCGCUUCUGCGGUGAAGCCAAAAUCCCGACUCGGAAACUUGACACGCCGCGUUGGGCAUCACUGGUGAAUACGGAAGAAAGGCUGGAGCAAUUCCUACAGGGUAAAGAUCUUUGUUGGGACCCAAGAAUUAUUCAAAAGCAUCUGCCAGCCGAGGUGAAAGAGUCCGCGCCAGAGCUUUAG